GUGUGAGGGCAGGCAAGAGCCAUGAGACCUCCAGGUCUCUCUGGGUGUUGGGAGACACCUCUUUUGCUUCUUCUAACACUGCAGGAGACAGAAGUGGGGUGGGGGGUGUCUCAGUGUGUCCAUUCAAAGGCUAAAGAAACUGCAGCUCAGACUAGUUCAGCAACUCUCCUAAAUGGUGUGGUUAAAACUAAGAAUUGUGACCCAUUUUCCUGUAUCCAGGUCCUCGUGAUGCCCUGGGUUCAGACCGUAACACCCACCCAUCCCUGAGUGCUGGGGAUUUAAGGCAGCAGUGCCUCCUUUCAGGAAAUUGCACACACGCUGGAAACUCCUGCAUGCUUCCCUUACUAUAAUCUGUCACCAAAGGCUGGAUAUUCCUGUGCCGGGGCUCGUGCCAGCACCUCGGCUGCCAGGUGCUGCUCUCCAACUCUCACAUGAGCUGCCCUCCCCCAACUCCUCUCCACAGGGCCCCCACUCCACCUGCUCCCAGACGAGGACAACUUGUGGCCAAGCUCAGGGGCACAGCGGAGGAGCUCUGUUUCUGAUUUUUCUCGCCUUUCUUGGAGAUGCCUGUGCUUGGAAGGGAAGGCAGAACAUUGUAUCUUGGAACAAAUCUGCUUUUGAUCAUGCAAAUGAAUGCCUGGUUAAUGUAGGCAGACUGUCAAUUUCACCAGUUAGAAAGAGAAAGGAAAGGGGGGGAAAUUCCCCAUGACAGCUACUGAUGAAGAAUUUCAAUAGAAAGCUGCUACUUCGGAAAAUAAGAUCAUUUGCCGCGAAUGGAGAACCUCUCAGGCAGCCCUGAUGCCCCACCGAUGACCCAGGGAGCAGGGUCCUGGUCAGUUCCUGGCUAUUGUGUCACUCCAGCUGACAGUGCUGCUAUGGGGCCCAACGGCACCUGAUCCCCACCUCCUGAGGUCUUGGAAUAGAUAUCCAUCUCUUCUUAUUUCCUCGCAGAGAGAAGCCUGCUCAGAGUGGUUACUGAAAACAGGAACCUGCCCUUCUGCAAGCCCUGUGCCUUCCUUGUUCCUAGCAGAGGAAGUAUGCGGCCAGUUUAGCAACUGCAGUUCUUCUGGGUGGCAUGGGCUGCUUCUCCUCACCCGUGAGAGGCCCGACUGUCUGUUUAUUCCGGAGGAGCAGCACUUGACAGACGGAGAGGCAGUGAUUCUGCGUCCAGCAAUUUCUCUGCAGACAGCUCCCACAGGAGUCAUGCUCAGUGUGUGAAGAAGAGGAAACCAAGGUCCAAAUUCACACAGAGGAAAUAGCAUUGGCCCAAAGACCGGAGGGAAAAUAAGGUUCCGGGGAUCUCCAACGGCCCCAGGGAGAGAGAAAGAAAUGGGAAACAGCAUGAAAUCCACCCCUGUGCCUGCUGAGAGGGCUCUGCCCAGCCCAGAGGGACUGGAUAGUGACUUCCUCGCUGUGCUGAAUGACUACCCAUCUCCUGACAUCAGCCCCCCUAUAUUCCGCCGAGGGGAGAAACUGCGUGUGAUUUCUGAUGAAGGGGGCUGGUGGAAAGCUAUUUCUCUUAGCACUGGUCGAGAGAGUUACAUCCCUGGAAUAUGUGUGGCCAGAGUCUACCAUGGCUGGCUCUUUGAGGGCCUGGGCAGAGACAAGGCCGAGGAGCUGCUGCAGCUGCCAGACACGAAGGUCGGCUCCUUCAUGAUCAGAGAGAGUGAGACCAAGAAAGGGUUUUACUCGCUGUCGGUGAGACACAGGCAGGUAAAGCAUUACCGCAUUUUCCGCCUGCCCAACAACUGGUACUACAUUUCUCCGAGGCUCACCUUCCAGUGCCUGGAGGACCUGGUGAACCACUAUUCUGAAGUGGCUGAUGGCCUGUGCUGUGUGCUCACCACGCCCUGUCUGACACAAAGCACAGCUGCCCCGGCAGUGAGGACCUCCAGCUCACCUGUCACUUUGCGUCAGAAGACCGUGGACUGGAGGAGAGUGUCCAGGCUGCAGGAGGACCAUGAGGGAACAGAAAACCCACUUGGGGUAGACGAGUCCCUUUUCAGCUACGGCCUUCGAGAGAGCAUCGCCUCUUACCUGUCCCUGACCAGUGAGGACAACACCUCCUUCGAUCGAAAGAAGAAAAGUGUCUCCCUGAUGUACAGUGGCAGCAAGAGAAAGAGCUCAUUCUUCUCAUCACCACCUUACUUUGAAGACUAGCCAAGAACAGACACAAUGGUUCAUGCCCUAAAGGAACAGAUGUUCCAACGAUUGCUUGGAAUCUUGCAAAAAGCAAGAUUCCCUGAUCCCCGGGAAACUCAUAUAUUUUAGGAGCCAAGAGAAGCCACAUGGAGACUCAAAGCUGCAUCUUCUCUAUUCACAUCGUGACCACAGGAACUCUGGCCUGGUGUCCGAUCAGGGCAGUGGCUUCAUGAAAGAUUGGGUCAUGACAUGUCAGGCAGUGCUUGGAAGAGCUCAGCAUGUAUCUGUGCACACAUUGUGUAUGUAAGACACAGGACAAAGCCACCCUCACAAGAAAGUGCACCAGGACCAUUCUCCAAGGAACUGGACCUGUCCAGAUAGCUAUGCUCCAAGGUCGUUGGAGGGAACUUCCGUAUGGCCAAGGCUGAGAGGGAGAGGAAACAAUAGCUAUGGACUGGCAGAAGGUCUGGGUUUGCAGAUGCAUCCCCGUGAAUGGAACUACUUUAACCAAUCCAUAGGGAUCUCUCGUAUGCUUUCCUCUCUUUUUAUAGGAACUCUGUGACACUAAACAUUAGCCCGAAAAACUUCUGAGCCUUCAAUUGGGAGAUACCUUGGGCCUGCUCCUGUACCAAAGCCAUGUGGGUGGAAGGCAGAUAGCCCCGCUGAUUCUGCAGAGGGCCAGAAGAAUGAGAGAGAGGAAGGCUGCUGGCAGGGAAAUUGAGGGGGCAAGCCUAGAACUGCGCCAGCUGUCCUGGUGUCUGCAGCCAUGGCUUUGCAGUGCAGAGAGAGCUUCUCUGGAAUGCUGGGAUUCUUGCCUACAUUAAUGCAUCAACUAUUCAUUUAUUGCCUGAAGAGGCAUUGCAUUAGGUCCUAUGUAAUGUGUCAUGUAGGCCAGAAAAAAAAAUGCCUAAGUCCCAACCCCCAAUAGAGGUGUUCACACUGUAGACAGGUUAAAAAGUGGUUAAAAAUAAUAUGUAAAAAUAGAAAUCACUCAUGGGUUAGGGUGGAAUUGGAGGCAGGUGAUGGACAUUCAGAAGCUCACUUUCUAGCUGUUCUUCAGAGUGAAAGGGCUGGCUGGAAUAGCUGAAUUUUUUAAAUGAAAUGGAUACAUUCUAAAGAAUGAAUUCAUCCAGUACUUUAUUCUAAGAAGGGUCUGGCAUCCGUAUGACAAAAAAUGCUGAGCUCCAGGAAAGAUGGGGAAUCCAAGUGGAUUAAUGAUGUCACGCAUAAUUUUAAGAGACAAGGGAGAAAACACAGUGUAUAGCCAGAGAGGGAGAAGCAGGGAUCUUCAGAGCUCCCAUCCAAAUCCUGCUAGGAGGAGAGUGGGCUGCAGAUGAGUCUAUGACUCAUGUUUUCCUGUUUCAAAGGGAUCCUGGGGAAGGAGGGGCACAUACUUUCAGUAUCUUUCCCUGCCUUCAGAGUCUGUCUGCUCACAUAAGCAUUCCAUCGAUCUGAGCUCAUUGUGCUAGUGGUAUGUAUAUGUGCAGUUACACGAUCUUCUGUAUCAUAGAUUCCAGUGUGUUUAUACAAGGAGGCAUCUGUGGUUUCCCCAACAAUUCCAAAAGGCUAUUUCAAAAGAACCAGCCAAUGUAUGAGAAAUGAAUGUAACACUGUGGACACUGACUUCCCACACAAGGCAAGGUGACCCCUGAACUCCAGAUGUCUGCAUAGCAUCUUAUGUAUUGUUUUCCAUUGUGACAAAUGUGAUUGGAAUGUUGGGGAGCACCCAGAGGGAUUUCUAAGUGGGGAGCAUUACACUUCGCUAAAUCAUGUAUUUAUUCCUGAUUAAAAUAAACCUAAUAAAUAUUUAACCCUUGGCA